AUGUAUGUCUUUCAACUAUUCGAUUCUUACUCCGCCAGUGGUUCUGCCCUCCUCUGGGUGGCGCUAUACCAAAGCAUCGCUAUUGGUUGGAUAUACGGUAAGAAAAAUGCCAUAUGAAAUAAAACAACCCGGGUUUUGUUUGUGUUAUUGACAAGUGAAGAGGUCCACAUCGUCCAUCCAUAGCAAAAAAUAAAAUAGGGUCUGAUGUCCAUCAAACAUGACCCGAAAUAAGACUGGUCAGUCGAUGUAUUUCUUUGCCACAGGAAUUUUUUCUUAUGGACACAAACAAGGCAAGAUAGCUCCAUCUUGCCUACUCACGUAGCUAUAAUAAACAGCACUACAUCUGCUUCAGUUUGGCUCGUUUGCACUUCCUUCAAAAUGGUUGAGAAUUCAAUUUGAUUCAACUUGUUUCUUAAAAAGAGAUAGUUUCUUCACCAUUGUUUUAUGGAUUUAAAACACGCUCGUGAGAGACCUGAUCAAGCUUCGCCUACUAUACUUUUCCUUCUUUAUGCCCGGUUUGUUACAUAAUCUUAUUAUGCCCCACACCCUAAGAGUGUCAUUACUGUUAACCUAUAAAAGGAAGGGAUAAUGUCUUUGAUUUGUUAAGUUGUGACUCGUUUUAUAUAUAUCAUCAUUCAGGUGGAAAGCGCUUCUAUGACGACAUGGAGAAAAUGAUUGGAUUUUGUAUCAAUCCCUGGUGCCGCUGGUGUUGGAUGUUGAUGACACCUGCCUUUUGCUUGGUGUGGAAACGAAUUUAAGGUUAUUCCUUAGCACUGCAUUGCGCGUCGUUACUGUGCACAAUUUUCACGAGUAAUAGCCCGCGCACAUUAAAACAUGGCGGCUUUUGCCUCAAGGCUGGAACUCCCAGAGGUGUGCACGGUAAAUCGUCAUCUUCUUUUAAACGAGUAUGGUGACCUACACUUUUUGUCUUUUUAAAAAUGGCAUUAAAUUUCUUCUCUAGAAUAAAUACACACUGUAGACUUAUUCCUAGUGUAGAAAAAAGGGGAAUCGUCGGAAAUUAGUUUGUUCAUAGCAUGUACUCGUAAAUAUAAUCACAUGUAAUGAAUUAUUGCGUAUAUACAAGUUGCUGCUGCUCCUUAAAUAGUAUGAGGACCCCACAGUUUUAUUUCAAAUUUGAAGUUUCUUCAACAUAAACAACCAGUUGGUAACGUUUUACAAAAAUGUGACAGGAAUGACCUCAGUAAAUUUAUGAAAUUACUACAGAAUCACGUCUAGAUUUUUCCCUUUUCUAAUUUUAAGGCCUUUUUGAAUACUGCUAUUCCACUCACCACCACGGAAGUGUGUAAUCAGGCCUCGAAAAAAAAAAUUGAAUUUUUGCUUCUCGUUUGGUAAGCAGCUCGCAAAUUUUCCUGCCUGGGCCUUUUUGUUGCUCGUCUUAGUUAAUGAUGUAGUUAGAAGAUGACUUGUUGGGACCUUUGCCCAUUGUGCAAAUGAGCUUAAAAAGUUACUUGACCAGAGAAAAUCUACUUGUCCCGGGCUACUGGAGGGAACGUUUUUCAAGGCCUGUGUAGUAUACCUCACUUAUUUGUUGUUUAGUGAGUCGUGGAACAUACUUGCUUAGGUUAACAUUUGAUGUCAAGCGCUAUUCCGUAGGUUGAAGUGACUACAUUUUUUCCCAACAGGCGGUCUUCAUUUUAGUCUCGUAACAUACUCGUCACUCAAAUAUGACGACUAUGAUUAUCCAGACUGGGGACAAGCCAUUGGUUGGAUCAUGGCCCUUUCAUCAAUCGCCUGUAUACCAUUUGUCAUGCUGUACAAGUUAGUCACUACACCGGGUUCUUUUAAGGAGGUAAUUAUAAUCAAAUAUUUUGAUAAUUAUGGAUACAACGGAUCAUUAUACGUCUCUGGGAGACUGCCCAUCACUUCUCCCCUAAGCCAACAUUUUGCCCAAAGUGAGAAGUAAGUGUUAGUGUUCACUAAGGGGAGGGGUAGGCGGGCAAUUUCUUACCAGUGGCCAUAUGGCAUUUUAAUGCUACAAAACGUAAAAAAUUUCGGUCAGCUUUAAAAAGUAGUACUUUACCUGCAAAAAUCAGUAAAAAUAUUAUUGUUAGCGCUCCCUCGAAGUUUGUUUGAUACCUUUUUCAUAAUUCUACAAAGGUAUUUUGUCUGUGAAAAAGGUACUAAUUCGUAACCUCAGCUAAAACAGCAAUAUCCUAAUGACUCCAUUAACGAAAUUUUGAUGAGAAGAAUGACGACCUUCCUGUCCAGGGUCAGUCGGUUCUCACUAGGGUAGGUUAUACAGGAUCACUAAAAAGAGCUAUGAAUUGAUGUUGCUUUUACGGAGUUAAUAUUUGUACAUUUGUAUUUCUUGUUUUUUUUUUUACCAGCGUUGGACCACAUUGACCACUCCUAUUUUUAAGCAUCAAUCGCCAGGUGCACAACAGAUGGAUUCCCUGGAGACUUACAAAUCCUAUGACAAGAACGGUCUGUAA